AUGUUUCGCGUAUAAAUAGUUUUCGAUGUGUUACGUGCACGUGCAAGGUUGUCUCAACUAUAUAGAUGUGCCGUUUCAAUCUCGAAAUACGCGAAAACCACUUAUCCAGACUUGACGGUUACCCUCGUGUUCCUGUUCCUCGAACAAAGGGAGGAAACAGAGCGAGAGUCUUGUUUUCACGGAUGUUAGGAAAUCCCUCUACCGGAAGAUCCUACGACCACAGAAGCCUUCUUUCAUCCCGGAGCUGCUUAAAAGCACCACGUGGGUGCACAUUCAUCGUUUACAAAAGAGAAAAACAUAUUAUAAACUGUGCAAGUAGUGGAAAUAUAAGGAGAUUUAUGUAUAAUUUAGAACCAUCAUGCGAAUUGGGCACAGUACCUUUAGAAUCAGUUCGGAACCUAUCAGUGCCUAUUAUGAAAGAUUGGAUAGAGGAACCUGUAGAAACGUACGAUCCUUGGAAAAGUACUGAGAACAGAAAUGUUAUACGUUGUAAAAUAGGUGGAUCAAAGUCACAGAAAAAGCAAUAUAGAUUGGCAGAGCGAAAGAGAAUAGAAACUAUUCUGAGAGAAAAUGCAUUUAAACCAAAGUUGGCAACACGUCAUAAACCUAAAAUGACAAAACAAUGUUCAAAUAUUUCACAACUGAUUCAAAGCUUAAAAAGAUUAUCUGUGGAAGACUUUGAUGCUCUUUUAGAAAGUUUUAACUUCAGUAAUUUAUAUAUUAGUGACAUAAAAGAUACCUUGAAUAAGCGAAAAUGCAUAUCACAAGUUAUAAACACGACAUUGGCGACGAAGUUUAAAGACAUGCUGCUAUACCGUUUGAAGGAAAGUAUUUCUUAAGAAAAACACAAGAAAAGGGGAACUACAGUGUUAUGAAAGUAUUACAUAUUAGGUACUGGAUUACCUACCAUAAAUUAUAUUUUUUUAUUUUUCUAAUUUUUCACAGUUAUAACGUUACCGAAUGAGUUACUUAUUAUUAAAAUUUAUAGGAACUAGCGUUGCUUCUUAAUUUUGUUUUAUCCGAGUAAAAAUAUUAAUUAUAAUAAGACGAGCAUGAGAGUCAAUUAUUCAUUGUAAAUGUACAUGAUUCUACAUUUCCCCGCGAUUACCGUAUACUAUUUGUAUUGAUUUUAAAUUAUUUAUUACUAUUUAAAUUAUACACACUCGAUACACGUUUGUUCUAUUCACCAAACAAACUCGAGGCAAGUAUCAAAUGUUCUGGACGCAACAAGGUCGAGGUUGUACAAAACAACACAUUGCUACCAUGUAAUUCAAUUGGUUUCCGGUGUGUAAUUAUUCUGAACAAUCUUUUAUCGUACAAAAGUCACAUAACAAAUACAAUGCACGUAUCUGACUGUACAACUGUCUCACAUGAUAUUCAUAAAAACAAGCUCCGUUCUAAAUAACAAUCAACGACUCGCGUUUCAGUUAUUUCCCAGCAAUUCCUCCAGCAGCCAAGAAGACGCCUCUUUGUGAUGUUGUUUUAUGUGAUUCCUCAGGUAUCGUUUCUGCCCGAAUUUCAUACCGCAAAUACAAUCGAACGGUUUCUCUUCGUUGUGUAUCGCGCGGUGUCGAACCACCUCUCCUUUAACCGAGAACGUUUUACCGCAGAUCUCGCAGGGGAAUGCUUUAAUGCCCGUGUGCGUAGUCUCAUGGUGAGUCAGCCUUUGCCUGCUCCUGAAAUACUUGUUGCAGUACGAGCAUUUAUGAGGUUUGUAAUCGGUGUGCACACGAUUGUGAAUAUAAAUGGAAUUUAAAGUCCGGAACAUUUUAGGGCAGUGUUCGCACGCGUACGGCCGCUCUCCUGUAUGGAUCCUGCGGUGGUCAUCUUUCGUCCCUUUAUUCGCGAACGCGCGGCCGCAUAUGUCGCAGGUGUACUUCUUCAAACCCUCGUGAACGUCUCUUAUGUGCCUCGCCAGAUCCUGCUCGAUCCUAUAGGAUUUCCCGCACAGGUCACAUUUGCACGGUCGUUUGUCGGAAUGAACGCGAAUAUGUCGCAAGAAGCCUCGCUUCGUGAAUAUAACUUUCUUGCAGGUGUCGCAUUUGUAAGAGACGCGGUCGUUGAUCAUCUGCUUCGCCUUAUUCACCAGCUCGGUCUCGUCUGGAUUCUCGAUUCGGUUCACGUCGAAAUGUCUGUUUAUAUGCUUCUUCAAUUCCGACUUCUUCGUGAACUCUUUCCCGCAUAGGUUACAGGUAAAGAAGCAUACAGGUUCCUCGGCGAUCUCCGUGACAGGAGGUUCCACGUUCUCUGCCGUUCCUUUUUUCAAACUGGCCGUCAACCCCAUCUCAUCCGCAACGGUACUCGUCUCCCCGACGCCGUCGUUGUGCAUCAACAUGUGCUCUUGGAAGUCUUUCUCUCGGCUUUGGUACAUCAGCUUGCAAUACUGACAGUAAUGCAUCUCGGCCUCGUGCACGGUGUUCAUGUGCUCAAUGAAAUACUUCAUGUUCACGAAGACGACGUCGCAUUGAGUGCACUGGACGUACUCUACCUCCUCGCCGUUCGCGGUAUCGUUAACCGUUGGUAAUCGCGCAACGCCGUCGGCCUCGUUCUUCCACCUGCAAAACAAACAUAUUCCGACAUCAUUCCAGCGAAACCGAAU